AUGGCAAGAGGGUUAAAUAUUGUAAAGGCCAAACUUCCCAAGGCCCCAACGGGAAGGAGGCCGAUUGGCUAUAGAGGAAAUCACCAGCACGGAAAAUCUCUCUAUGAUCCAGUUUACCCCACGACGAAGAUCCCUGCGAGCCUCGUGCCGCGUUACCCGAUAGACUGGAGAAACGGAGGAAGGUUCCUCCUGUGCGUGGGUCUCAGGAGAAUAGAAAAUCGUAUAAUAAAACGGAUGAAGGAGAGUCAAGAUUUCAAUCGACCGGAAUGUAAAACAUGUAAUCACGACUGCAUAGCGACUUACAAUCGUUGCCUAUGUGCCUGGUACUGUAAAAACAAAUUUAAGCACUUAUAUCAGUGUGAUGAGCUCUUGCUACAGUAUAAGGGAGAGACAAAAACAGACAAGCCACUCUUUACUGCCCCCAGGUGGGUAGCCAAUAGGAACUCUGAUAAGGGAAUCCAAUAUGAAUUCAAUGAAAAGACUAGACGGUUUGAAAAUGUCCAAGGGGAAGAAGACAUGUAUAAACUUUUUUAUAAAAAGUUGCGUUAUGGAGCAGACUCCACGGAGCAUGAAGGAAAGGAAGGUAAUUCGAUUGCGGGAGGUACCAGUGGUGGGAGUGCCAUUGGUGAGAGUGCGAUUGGUGGGAGUGCGAUUGGUGGGAGUGCGAUUGGUGGGAGUGCGAUUGGUGGGAGUGCGAUUGGUGGGAGUGCGAUUGGUGGGAGUGCGAUUGGUGGGAGUGCGAUUGGUGGGAGUGCGAUUGGUGGGAGUGCGAUUGGUGGGAGUGCGAUUGGUGGGAGUGCGAUUGGCAUCCCUGCAGAGGAGGAGCAGCUCUCCGGUUCGGAUUCCGACAUGACUGACAGCGAUGAGGAGGGGUAG